CAACAUGGCGGCGGCGGUGCUUUCCAAAACGAUCCUGUUGUGAAGUGACCCGUUCGGACCUCUUUGCGAAUAUUUAAUUUUAAUUUGGUUGAAAUGUAUUAUUUUAAAGUCCGUGAAUAGCGACCUUUCCGGUAAGUGAUGAGCAGCCACUGUUGAAGAUGAAUCCCCAUUCGCUCCUGUGUUGUGCCCUGAAUCAGACCCAUGGGAUUCCUCCAGGCUCGAACGUCCGCCGCUCUCCUUCCCGCAGUCUGAACAUAAUUAGAUAGUGGAGGUUGCAGGAUUGGACUGAGCUGCUGAAGGAGGCUUGGCCCCUUCGUUAAUUUCACUAACUGAAAUCAAAUUCUGAAGAAGCUGGAGUAAUAAGGAUUGAGCGAUACAGCAUUGCUAGUAACUUGUUUGCUAUGAUGUCAAUACCUGCCAUGUACUCCACCUGAACACAGCAGGUGGAGUUUUGUUUGAUCUUAACGUCAACCUGCAAGACAUACCAAAACAUGGGAAAUUCAGAGAGCCAGAACGAUAGUGAACGAGCAUUUUCUGGCGAUGAGCGUGCGGGUCUGACACGCAAACAUAUGUCUCGAUCACUUCGCAUUCCAACUAAAAGCUCAAGAAGAGCCAGGCCUGCCUCUGCAGUCAGGAUUACGCACAGAAAUUCUGAAACUAGCACUAAAUCUAGCAGCACUCCCAGCAUUCCACAAUCACUGGCAAGGGAUGGCCUGGACAUUGGUAAUCCUGGAAACCUUAAUAAUGCUUUGACUGAAGACUUUACUCAUCCCUCUUGGGUAGGUAGAAUGGGUAAAAAUGUAAGGCCUGUGUCUUAUCAUACAGGUUCUUCAGUUUCCAAUGCCAGACGGAGGAGUGCUAUGCAGCCACUACACUCUAGGGAUGAACUUGAUAUUUGUUUGGACAAACGUAUUGUUCAGGGUAUAGAGAAUUUUGAUGAAAUAAGGUUGGACUCCACUUGCCAAGCAAAUGUUGGAGACCUGCAUCUAGUUACUGGAAAUGGAACAACUGUUUUAGAAAGCACAAAUAUUAAAAAAAAACGAUCCAAAUCUGCUGACAUGUGGCGACAAGAUAGUAUGGAAUUCUCCUUAUCAGACCUAAGUCAGGAUCGGUUAACCAGCACAGAAGAUCUGUUGGAUAAUAAUGAUGACAAGGAAUAUGAGGAAAAUAGGUUAAUAAAUAGUAAUUCCAUGGACUUGGAACAAUUGCAUGGAAGCCAACGAGCUAACUCUCUAAAUGAAUUAUGUGGCCAGAAACUAACUGGUGCCAACAUGAACAAGGCACGGCGAAAUAGAUUUAUGACAUACUAUCGGAAUUUAAGGGCCCAUUCACAUGGUACAAUGCAGCCAGAAAAUACAAAUGCUGUGGCGUGGCCUGUUGGGGGAGAUGCAAGUGUAUCUUCAUAUGCUGCCUCAACACUUCCCUGCAGGAAGUCCCAUUGUCUUUCUGAAGGAGCCUCUAAAGGACGAUUAAGCCACAUUAAUGAUGAGAACAGAACUACGCAUGUCAGAAGAUCCAAAACAACCCAGGAUGUUACUACAGGAGAUGGAAGUGAAUGUGCAGAUAGUGGUAUCGAUGGUGCGACAACAGAUAAUGACCAUCUUUCCCGCUAUUCCAAUAUUACCAGUUUGACAUGCCAUCCACCCACUUUUAACCGUGGGUUAAUUUGUAGUGAGAUUGGCUCAGCAGGAGAUGCACUUCGGCAAGGAGUGUAUGAAAACUUUAGAUGUACAUUGGAAUCAAAUGUCAUCAACACAGAAAAUCCAGAAGAAGCGGAGUCAGCUUUAAGUGAUGAACAAAGCAGUGGUACCCUCAGCUCCCCAGGACAGUCAGAUAGUCAAACUACAGAUCAAGGGACUGUUCGAAAAGCGGGUUCACUUGCUGUGAAGAACUUUUUAGUCCACAAGAAAAAUAAAAAAGUGGAAUUGGCCACACGAAGAAAAUGGAAAUAUUAUUGGGUAUCAUUAAAAGGCUGCACCUUAUUUUUUUAUGAUGGCGAUGGGAGAUCAGGAGUGGACCAGAAUAGUGUAGCAAAGCACAUGGUUUGGAUUGAAAAUAGUAUUGUUCAGUCGGUACCUGAGCAUCCAAAGAAGGAUUAUGUGUUUUGUCUCAGCAAUUCUCUUGGGGAUGCUUUCUUAUUUCAGACCUGCAGCCAAACAGAGCUGGAAAACUGGAUUACUGCAAUUCAUUCUGCCUGUGCAGCUGCGGUGGCAAGACAACAUCGCAGAGAAGAUACUGUCAAGUUGCUGCAGUCAGAAAUUAAAAAGCUGGAACAGAAAAUUGACAUGGAUGAAAAAAUGAAAAAAAUGGGCGAUAUGCAGUUGUCUUCAGUUAAUGACCCAAAAAAACGAAAGACUAUACUUGAUCAGAUCUUUUUAUGGGAGCAAAAUCUAGAACAGUUUCAGAUUGAUCUUUUCCGACAUCGUUGUUAUAUGGCAAGUCUUCAAGGUGGAGAGUUACCAAAUCCAAAAAGACUUCUUGCAUUUGCAAGUCGGCCAACCAAACAUGCCAUGGGUCGUCUCAGUAUUUUUUCUGUGUCCUCAUUCCAUGCCUUGGUGGCAGCCCGCACUGAACCUGGUUUGAAAAACCAAACUCAGGCAAUUUCCAGAUCAGUAAGUAAACGGAAGAACAGAUUUUCCUCCCUGUGGGGAUUGGAUACAAAUUCAAGAAAGAAAGCAAGAGAAAGACCUAGCAUUAAUCAGCUCUUUGGCGAUAGUGAAGCCACACUGAAGAAAUCCUUGGAAGGCAUUUUUGAUGACUGUUCAACAGAUAGUAGUAGAGAAAAGAGCCUAACCAUGAGUAUUCAUCAACAAACACAUGAAAGUGACAACUGGGUUACUGAUUUCCUCGUGCCUACAUGGGUCUGUUUACCAGAUGAUCAACCCAUUUUGGUUGUUGUACAUCCAGGGAACUCAGCACAGGAAAUUCUUGAAGUGGCCUGUAAGGUACAAAAUUUGGAGCCAGGUGGUCACUAUGUGCGUUUGAAGUUUACAGUGGACAAUCGCAUUCAAUAUUAUGUACCAAAGCAAGAGGAUAUUCAUGAACUGUUGUACCAAGAAAUUGAAAUUUGUCCUAAAAUUAUUCAUCGUGUUCAAUUUGACAAGUCUGAUACUUCUGUUAGUUAUGGAUUUUGUGUGUCUUUAGUUGAAGAAGAGGGAUCACACCAGCAAAUGAUUAUUACUGAUGUAAAAGAAGGAGGCCUGGCUUCAUUGAAAGGCCUAAAAGUAGGUGAUGAAGUUUUGGAGAUUAAUAAAAUGAAAGCUAAAGAUCUGGUUGUAUCUGACUUGAAGACAAUCCUGUCUGCGCCUUCACUUUCCCUCACUGUACGAACAUAUGGUCAGCCAGUAGAUGGACACAUAUGUACCUCGCCUCUUCGACGGGUAGCAACAACCGAUGCAUUAAGUGACAGUGGAUUUGUUUCCAGCCAUCAAGAAAUGUUAAACUGCCAUACUGAGCCUAUCCAUGACAAUGAGAGACCCUCUAUAUCACUUGAGACUGGUGAAACAUGUAAGGCAGACCUGCAGCCUCAGAGCAGGAUGAGGGUGGCAUUGCCAGUGGCUGUGAAGAGCACAGAGCAAGUAACAGCAUUUUGUCGUGGUCUGCAUGAACUAAGUCCAUCUGACAUGUCAUCACAGCCUUUGGAUUCUUUACCCCACCAAGUACCAGCUCGACAACUAACUGAUGCUGAUAAACUCCGCAAGGUCAUUUGUGAACUAGUGGAAACAGAACAGACAUAUGUAAAGGAUCUGAAUUAUCUCUUGGAGAAAUAUUUGAAACCUCUGCAGAAAGAAGUCUUUCUUACUCAAGAUGAGCUUGAUGUGCUUUUUGGAAACUUGAGAGAAAUGGUUCAGUUCCAAGUGGAAUUCUUGAAAACACUUGAAGAUGGUGUAAGAUUGGUUUCAGACCUUGAAAAGCUUGAAACAGUCAAUCAGUUCAAGAAAGUCCUGUUCUCAUUGGGUGGUUCAUUUCUGUAUUAUGCUGAUCGUUUUAAGCUAUACAGUGCAUUCUGUGCCAGUCAUACGAAGGUUCCCAAGGUUCUUGUUAAAGCCAAAGUUAACCCAGCCUUUAAAGCCUUCCUUGAUGCCCAGAAUCCUAAACAGCAGCACUCAUCAACUUUAGAGUCCUACCUGAUCAAGCCUAUUCAGCGUGUUCUGAAGUAUCCCCUUCUGCUGAAGGAGCUGAUCUCUCUUACAGACUCAGACAGUGAGGAACAUUAUCAUCUAACUGUGGCAAUGAAAGCCAUGAAUAAAGUAGCAAGCCACAUAAACGAAAUGCAGAAAUUACAUGAAGAAUAUGGUGCUGUGUUUGACCAGCUAAUAUCUGAGCAAACUGGAGAGAAGAAAGAGGUUGUGGAUCUUUCAAUGGGAGACCUUCUUUUCCAUUCUACGGUCACUUGGCUCAAUCCACCUGCAUCUUUUGGGAAGUGUAAAAAAGACCCUGAGUUAGCAGCAUUUGUGUUCAAAACUGCAAUUGUUCUUGUAUAUAAAGAUGGUUUCAAACAGAAAAGGAAACUGGGAAACAUUUCUCAGAGAGUAUCUGUCUCAGAUGACCGGGAUCCAUUCAGAUUUCGUCAUAUGAUUCCAACUCAAGCCUUACAGAUUCGAUCAGUUACCACCACAGAUGCAGAGACUGACUGUGUCUUUGAAAUUGUUCACACAAAAUCUGAAUCAGAAGGAAGACCAGAGACAACCUUUCACUUCUGUAGCAGUACUCCUGAGGGCAAACGGGAUUUUAUCAAGGCAAUUCAGUCUAUACUACGUGAUAAACAUCGAAGGCAGCUUCUAAAAACUGAAAGUUUGCCACAAUCCCAGCAAUACAUGCCUUUUGGAGGAAAGCGGCUAUGUGCACUGAAAGGAGCAAGGCCAGUUGUGAAUCGAGCUGGUAAGAGUUCUAGGGCUCAGAGCUGUAUCAAAGUUUCAGUUCCCUGCAGAAGCUUAGGCAAAAAGAGACUAUCCAGGAACAGAUUCACUAUUGAUGCAGAUGAUCUAUUUGGACAUAGUCAAGGUAAUGAAUCUUCACAGUCACCACUGACCUGUAAUGAUACUGAUCGUUGGGUGGAGGAGCAGUUUGAUCUUGGUAAGUAUGAAGAACAGGAAGAUGUCAAAGAGACUGAUAUUCUAAGUGAUGAUGAUGAAUAUUGCCAGUCAGUAAAAAGUUCAACACUCUCAAAAGAGUUACAAGAGCAGUUAAAAGCAAUGAGUUUCACAAAAGAUGGUCUUUGUGAGAAUGGAAAACUAGCCAUGCAUAGAACACCAGAAAAAUCACCAUCAAAAGUGGCAUUUACUACAAAGCAAAAAGUUGCAGCAGGAGCUAAUGGUGUAGUGGAAAAUAAUGCAGCAGAAGUAAUUUGGAUAAAACGUGAAGACUUCAUUUCAACUGAAAAAGAAAAUGAUGAAAUCUAAAAUGCAGACUUGUUUCUGCAGAUAUGCCUGCUGGGCACAUUCAGUGCUAACUGUUCAUAAUUCCACUGAAUUGGAGGCAGCUGGAACAAUUCAGAAGCCAUGCUUUCCUAUUAAGCUCAAUUAAGAAUUGUUAUGAUUGAAUAUUCAAAAGUAUGAACAAUCUUGCGACUUCAUUCUACACUCCUAUAAUGUACUGUCCAAAGGGCUUUAAUGUAUAUUUAUUAUUGUUGCGGUGUAAAAAUAUAAUUUCAUUUUUAGUUUAUUUUUAGGCAAUUCACUGAACAAGCAAAACUAUUGUAUCUGUUAUAAACUAACUUUGUACUUUUUACAAAACACACUGAAAUCAAUUGCACAAACUGGAUUCCAUCUAUAAUUGUUUAAAGAAUAUCCUUUUAGUGCAGAACACAGAAAAAUGGUUACAAAUCAGUAACCAUACAACUAUCACAGUGAUAUAAAUCAGGUGUUUAUAUGAACGAAAGAACAAGCUGCAAGCCUUGAAUAAAUAAUUUUUUUCAAACUACUUUAGGAUUCAUUACACUACCAACAAGUCUGAUGGUACUUAUGUUAUUUCCAUAUUCAUAAUUGUACAUAUUUCCAGGCUUUAAUGCGCACAUCAGAAGUUGCCUAAUAUAUUUCUUUUGUAAGCUGGAAAAAAUUCUAUUUUUAUGUUUUUAGGUUCAUUGACUUAAAGAAUUGUAAAUACUCUUCAAACAUAAUAAAACACGUGAAAUUAGGA